AUGGCUGCUCCUCAAGUUAACGAAAAGUUCGAUGUCAAGGACAUCAAGUUCCAAUACAUUGAUUUCGAUCAAUCUGUGUCCCACGAUGCCUGUGCUAUGCCAAGCACCACUUCCUGGUCCGACUUCUUGGCCAAGAACAAGACUGUCGUCAUCACUGGUGCCCCAGCUGCUUUCUCCCCAACUUGUUCCAUCAGCCACAUCCCAGGCUACAUCUCCAAGCUGAGCGACCUGGAAGCCAAGGGCGUUGACCAAGUUGUUGUUGUCACCGUUGACAACCCAUUCGCCAACGAGGCCUGGGCCAAGAACUUGGGUGUGCAAAACACCAAGCACAUCAAGUUCGCCACCGACGCCGGUGCCGAGCUGGUCAGACACUUGGGCUACGAGUUGAAGGUCGGCGAAGGUGUCUACUGGAGUGGUAGAUGGACCGUCAUUGUCAAGGACGGUGUUGUUGUCUACGCCGGCAACGAGUCCAACCCAGCCUCCGAUGUCACCGUCUCCUCUGUUGAAGAAGCUUUGAAGCAUUUGUAA